CUGAAGAAAAAAAAAACCAUCCCUAAUUACGAGCAAAGCAUAAAGCCACUUCAUAGUUGCCAUCCUCGUAAACGACAAUCGAAAGAUCCCCAGGCGGAGCACCGCAUCCAAAACGCGAUCCCCCCUCUCGAUUCCGGUCACCUCCCUCAUCAUCCCUCCCCAAACCCUAACCCUCUCUCCUCCGAAUUCCCUUCAAUCAUUCAUCAUCAAUGGUUCACAGCGCCUACGAUUCAGUCGAGCUCGUCAAAGCCUGCCCUGCAAAGAUCGAAACCGUCGCCGUCUACGAUUCAAAGCUCAUCCUCGGAUGCAGCGAUUGCUCUCUCCGCAUCUACGCUCCUCCCUCCGGCGACGACGGCGACGGAGAGAUCAGGCGAGGGCUCUAUGAGCUGGAGAAGACGGUGACUGGAUUCUGGAAGAAGGCACCGGUGGCGAUGGAGGUGUGCAGGUCACGUGACCUGCUGCUGUCUCUGGGGCAGAAGAGGGUCGGAAUCUAUAGGCUUGAUGGUGGUCGAGAGUUUGUGGAAGUGAAGGAGUUUGGCGUUCCGGAUACAGUGAAGUCAAUGGCCUGGUGUGGGGAGAACAUAUGUUUGGGGAUUAAAAAAGACUACAUGAUAAUGAACAGUAUAACUGGGGCAUUAUCAGACAUAUUCCCUUGUGGGAGGCUUACUUUGCCUUUGGUUGUCCCACUUCCUUCUGGAGAUCUACUUUUGGGAAAGGACAACAUUGGGGUUUUUGUUGACCAAAAUGGAAAGCUUCUACAAGAUGGAAGGAUUUGUUGGUCUGAGGCUCCUACAUCUGUGGUUAUUCACAAGCCAUAUGCUGUAGGUUGCUUAUCAAAAUAUGUUGAGAUCCGAUCUCUUAGAUCUCCUUAUUCAUUGAUUCAGACAGUUGUACUGCGAGAUGUUCGUCUUAUUCUUCAAAGCACCAAUUCUGUGAUUGCUGCUUUAAGCAAUUCCAUUUAUGGUCUGUUGCCUGUCCCUCUUGGUGCCCAGAUUGUACAGUUAACUGCAUCUGGAGAUUUUGAGGAGGCAUUGUCGUUGUGUAAGCUCCUGCCACCUGAGGAUUCAAGUCUCCGAGUAGCGAAGGAAAGCUCAAUACAUAUGAGAUAUGGGCACCAUUUAUUUGACCAGGGGAAUUUUGAGGAGGCUAUGGAGCAAUUUUUUGCUUCGCAAGUGGAUAUCACCUAUGUUCUAUCUUUGUACUCUUCUAUUAUUCUUCCUAAGGGCCUAUCUGUUACUGAACCAGACAACCUAGGAGAUUUUACAGAUGCUACAUCUCUCUCCAGAGUUUCAUCUGAUGCUUCAGAUGAGAUGGAAUCACCACGAUCACAGCUCCAUGGAUCUGAUGAUAGAUCUGUGUUGGAGGACAAGAAAAUGAGUCACAAUGCCCUUACAGCCCUUGGCAAGUAUUUACAAAAGAAAAGAUAUAGUGUAAUAGAAAGAGCUACUACUGAGGUAACUGAGGAGGUUGUCUCGGAUGCUGUGCAGAGCAGCAUGAUGUCAGACCAAUAUAGGGCAAGGAUAACAAACAAGAAACGUGGUCAGACCCAUAUUAGUUCAGUUGCCCGGGAGGUGGCGACUAUACUCGACACUGCACUUAUUCAAGCUCUACUUCAUACAGGGCAGUCUUCAGCAGCAUUAGAGUUAUUGAAAGGUCCCAACUAUUGUGAUUUAAAAAUUUGUGAAGAGUUCCUAAGGGAGAGAAAGUUAUACUCAGUCUUGUUGGAGCUUUACAGGUGCAAUGAAAUGCAUCAAGAAGCUCUCAAACUCCUUCAUCAGCUUGUUGAAAAAUCAAAUUCUGGUACCACAGGUUCUGAACUCACUCAAAAGUUCAAGCCACAUAUGAUUAUUGAUUAUCUCAAGCCUCUUUGCAGGACUGAUCCUAUGCUUGUUUUAGAAUUCUCUACACUUGUACUCCAAAGCUGCCCAACAGAAACUAUUGAGCUCUUUCUGUCUGGAAAUAUUCCGGCAGACUUGGUAAAUUCAUACUUGAAGCAGCAUGCUCCAAGCAUGCAGUCUACUUAUUUAGAGCUUAUGCUUUCAAUGAGUGAAAAUGGGAUCAAUACAAAUCUUCAAAAUGAAUUGGUGCAAAUUUACCUUUCGGAAGUAGUUGACUGGUAUAAAGAUCUCAAAGAACAAAAACAAUGGGAAGAAAAAACUCACUCUCCAACACGUAAGAAGUUACUGUCUGCUUUGGAGAGCAUUUCAAUAAAUAAUGCAGAAACUCUGUUGAAGCGUCUUCCAUCAGAUGCUUUCUAUGAGGAGCGAGCAUUAUUGCUUGGCAAGAUGAAUCAACACCAGCUUGCAUUAUCUCUCUAUGUUCAUAAGCUUCACUUGCCUGAACUGGCGCUUGCAUACUGCGAUCGUGUUUAUGAGACUGGACUUCACCAGCCCUCGAGAUCUAAUGCAAACAUAUAUGUGACUCUUUUACAAAUUUACCUUAAUCCCCGGUCAACAAACGAAGCUGAGGAGAAUAUUCUAAAUCUGGUACCAAUACAGAACUCUAGCAGUGCGAAGGUUAGCUCAAAAGGUAGAUGGGGUCGUAUCAGUAAAAAGAUUGCUGAGAUUGAGGGUGCUGAUGAGAUUCGAAUUAGUCCCAGCAGCACUGACAGUGGUCGCAGUGAUGGGGAUGGAGAUGAGAUGACUGAAGGAGGAGGUCCUAUAAUGUUGAAAGAAACACUUGAUUUGUUGAGUAAAAAAUGGGAUAGAAUCAAUGGUGCUCAGGCCCUCAAACUACUACCGAGAGCUACAAAGGUCCAGAACUUGAUUCAAUUUCUUGAGCCUCUCUUAAAAAAAUCUAGUGAAGGACGCAGAAAUUAUUCAGUCAUCAAGAGCUUGAGAUACACCGAAAAUUUACAGGUAAAAGAAGAGCUCUAUAAGCAUCGUCGGACAGUGGUAAAAAUCGACGCUGAUAGCACAUGUUCUCUUUGCAGUAAGAAAAUAGGGAGUAGUGUGUUCGCUGUGUAUCCUAAUGGCAAGAGUCUUGUGCAUUUUGUUUGCUUACAAAACAUUAACGGCUCCAGGGGGGGCCCAAGAAGGAACCAGCAGUGAGUUUGACUCCCAAUAAGAUAUUCUCCACGACCCGAAUUAACUCUGGGGACAGCCAACUCAGUUUCCUUGGCGACAAGUCAACUUUGAACUGCAGAAGUCUAUCCCCAAUCAAAAGUUCAUACAUUCUUGAGCUCAUCUAAUGUGGAUCUAGGUGACAGUUAUUCUUCCUUCAGAUCGCUGGCAUCCAUUUGGUUAUCCAUUUCAUCAUAUAUGUUGCAUUGCUAUGAGUUUUGGCAGAGAUUUAGAUACGACAACCAUUUGUCGGUAUGAUCAAUAUGUUUUGUUACAAGGUGGCAGAGGCAUGCGAGAGUUUCCUGUUAUCUGUCAAUAUGUAUAAUUCACAGGGCCCUGGAGAUGCUUGGAGAUGAUGACCAUGUUGUGUGUGGCGAUAGCAGCGUGCAUUCAUCCCAUAUUGUUUGAUUUGUAAGUAUUGUGGUUCUUGAAGGAUUGCACAGACAAUUUUUUUUAUUGAGUGAGACUGUAUUUGCCGUGCAGAUUUUCCUUGAUUAUAAUCAGAUAAAACACGAUAUUUAAAGAUUUUCAAUAACAAAUUAUAGGCGUUGAAAACAA